AUGGCAGAGAACAUUGCUUUUAGGGGCAAAUCCACUGACGACCCUAACAAGCAUAUCACCAAGUUCAUCCAGAUUUGCAACACAACAAAGAUGAAUGGAGUUACAGAUGAGCAGGUUCGACUAAGGCUGUUUCCUUUCUCAUUAGAGGAUUCAGCAAAGGAUUGGUUGGAGAGUUUGGAGCCAGGAUCGAUUAGAACAUGGGAUGUUAUGGAAGAGAAGUUUUUAGAAAAGUUUUAUCCCCCAAUGAACCCUGCGGAGAAUAUCAGAGAAGCAUGGGGGAGAUUCAAAACCUUGAUGAAGCGAUGUCCCAACCAUGGGUUAACCCCGACAGUUCAAGUCAUUACAUUUUUUAAGGGAUGCGUGCCUGAAGCACAACGGGAGUUGAACUUGAGCUCAGGCGGUAAUUUUCUCAAGAAAGGAGUGAAUGAAGCCAUGGAAGUGAUUGAGGAGCUCGCAUCUAAUGACGAAGGAUGGAGCAACGAAAGGAGUAAGGUGCAUAGAGUGGCUUCUACUACAGAUCAUAAUCCUAUGAGUGCCCUAUCCAACAAGUUGGAUGCUUUGACCAUGAAAUUUGAUUGCAUGAUAAUGGGGAAACCUUCUCAAGAGCCCCAAGGAAGUAUGGAGGACGUGAACUAUAUGAAUCAAGGGGGCAACAAUAGGUACUACAAUAAUCCACGCCCCAACUUUCAUGGUGGAGGAUAUAAUCAGUACGGGAACACGGGGCAUCCCAAUCUCUCUUAUGAGAACCCCAAUAAUGCUCUGCAACCACCCCCAGGGUUCACAGUUACUGAUGGAGUGGUUAAUGAUCCGAAGAAGAUGACCACGGAAGACAUACUCAAGUCUUUCAUGCUACAGUCCAACAAGCUCAUGGAGCAGAACAAUCAAAGGAUGGAGAAAGUUGAGAAAGAUGUGCAA